AGCUCUUUCUCUUUCAUUUUCUCCGCACUUUUUGCAGAACCAUUUGCUGCCCAGAGUAUCCGACAGCCACCUACUCUGAUCCUGCUCAAACCAAUGGCUGACCCUGAGCUGGAAGCUAUCAGGCAAAGAAGAAUGCAGGAGCUAAUGGCUCAACAUGGUGUUGGGAAUCAGCAAAACUCUGAACAACAGAAAUCUCAAGAGGAAGCUAAAAGGGAAGCAGAUGAACGAAGGCAGAUGAUGCUUAGUCAGAUUUUAUCAUCUGAAGCAAGAGAAAGAAUUGCCCGAAUUGCUUUGGUGAAGCCUGAGAAGGCCAGAGGAGUUGAAGAUGUUAUACUGAGAGCUGCUCAAAUGGGUCAGAUAGUUGAGAAGGUUUCUGAAGAGAGGCUCAUAUCAUUGCUGGAACAAAUCAACUCCCAAACAACUAAACAGACCAAAGUCACUAUCCAGAGGCGUCGAAAUGUUCUUGAGGAUGAUGAUUAGUAAUGGUUCGUAUCUAGCACUUUUUAUUUGGUGAGUGUGUGGUUUGUGUGAUGUAACAUUAAACACUAAAAUUUUCUCCACAUUUUUCUCAUCUGUUUUCUCCCCUCAAUAUUGUUACCUACCAGACUGUUUUUCUUAUGAUUAUAAAUUUGAAUGUGUGCUGGCAUGGGAGUGGAUUGAACAUGCCAAAGAGAAUAUACAGACAAGUCCAACCUCUCAACACCCAUUUUUGCUGAUGGGAUUGGUGUAGGUUUCCAAGUUGCAAUUAUUGUAAGGGUGUUACUUUUUACCCUUUGAUUUCCAUGAUUUAGAAAUCAAUAUGUAGACGGGUAUAGGAAACAUUUUGACAUUAUUCAAGGAAAAUAUUUAUAUU